AUGGGUACAACAAAAGUACUGUGUUUCAUCGCGUUAAUAUCAUGUGCGGCGGCGUUAUUGACGUCACCGCCGAAGAUCGUGAAGCAGCCGACACAAGAGGAGAUUCUGUUCCAAGUCGCGCAGCCCGGCGAGGUGGACAAACCGUUCAUCAUUGAAUGCGAGGCUGAAGGCGAACCGGCUCCUAAGUACCGAUGGAUCAAAAACGGCAAACCCUUCGAGUACACGAGUUACGACAAUCGUAUCUCGCAGCAAUCAGGCCGUGGUACUCUCGUGGUCAGCCAGCCACGUGACGAGGACCUCGGACAGUACCAGUGCUUCGCGUACAACGAGUGGGGAACUGCCGCGUCCAACAGCGUCUUUGUACGACGAGCUGAACUUAACUCCUUCAAGGAGACAGACAGCCAACAAGUCGUCAGGGCAGAGGAAGGCAAACCUUUCAAACUCACCUGCGAACCACCUGAUGGUCACCCCAAACCCAAAGUGUACUGGAUGUUGCAAGGCGACCAGGGUCAACUGAAAACCAUCAACAACUCGCGCAUGACCCUGGAUCCUGAAGGAAACCUCUGGUUCUCUAACGUGACUCGAUAUGACGCCAGUGUUGACUUCGCUUACAUUUGUACAGCUAAUUCCAUCUUCAGGAAUGAGUACAAGUUUGGUAACAAGAUUUAUUUGGAAGUCACGCAGACUGGUAUUGCGCCCACCUUGAACAGGCAUGAGCCGGUGCGCCAGUACACUACUAGGAAGGUCGAGAAGGCUUUGAAGGGGAAGAAGGUGGAACUGUACUGUAUCUACGGUGGAACGCCUUUACCGCAAAUCGUUUGGAAGAAGAACGGACGAAGCAUUGUCUCUUCCCAAGGCAUUACUCAGGAUAAUUACGGCAAGACGCUGGUGAUCAGGUACCCGACGUAUGAAGACCAGGGCACGUAUACCUGUGAGGUCAGCAAUGGUGUUGGAACUGCUCAGUCUUACUCCAUACUUCUAAACAUUGAAGCCGCACCAUUCUUCACGGUGGAGCCGGAAUUCCAGAACCUCGCAGAAGGCGAAACAGCUGAGAUCAAGUGUGAGGCUGGUGGUACUCCAGUGCCGAAGAUUACCUGGAUCCAUAACGGAAAGCCCAUAGAACAGGCAGAACCGAACUCAAGGAGACAAGUGAAUAGCAACAGCAUUGUCAUCACCAACCUUGUGAAGAAAGAUACUGGAAACUACGGUUGUAACGCCACCAGCUCCAUCGGAUACGUGUACAAAGAUGUCUACAUCAACGUCCAAUCAAUCCCGCCAGAAAUCAAGGAAGGCCCAGAGAAUCUCACCAGGGUAGACGGUUCCGAGGCUGUGCUUAAGUGCAGAGUGUUCGGAGCGCCGAAACCCAUCGUCAAAUGGAUGAAGGAUGACGUUGACGUCACUGGUGGAAAAUACAACAUAACUGCUGACGGCGACUUGGUGAUCCGCGACGUGUCCUACACGGACGUGGGAACGUACCAGUGUUAUGCGAAGAACAAGUUCGGAGAGAAGUCCGCUUUCGGCUCCCUCGACGUUAAGAAGCGCACGGUAAUCACGGACAAGCCAGAACAUUACGAAGUAGCAGCUGGUUCUUCAGCCACGUUCCGCUGUAACGCUAACGCAGACGACUCCCUCAAGCUGCAGAUCAUUUGGCUCAACGAUGGACAGCAGAUAGACUUCGAGAACCAGCCCCGGUUCCGCAUGACUAAUGACUAUUCUCUACUCAUCUCUGACACCACUGAGCUGGACUCUGGCGAGUACACCUGUAUUGCCAGGACUGCUAUUGAUGAGGCCAGGGCGCAAGCUACUCUUACUGUACAAGACAAGCCGAACCCUCCAGCGUUAGACGGAAUUGAAUGCCACGAGAAGACGGCCACCCUCCGCUGGCACUCCAUGGGAGACAACCGCGCCCCCAUCCUGCGCUACUCCAUACAGUACAACACUACCUUCACACCCGACACGUGGGAUGUGGCCAGUGAUAAUGUACCCGCUAUUGACACGUCAUGGACCGUCCAGCUUAGUCCUUGGGCUAAUUACACUUUCAGAGUGAGCGCGUGGAACAAGAUCGGACCGUCAACUCCAUCGUCACAUUCCGAUGUCUGUACGACACAGCCAGACGUUCCCUACAAGAACCCUGACAAUGUAGUGGGAGAGGGCUCAGACCCCACCAAUAUGGUCAUCUCUUGGUCGAAAAUGCCCCAAAUCGAACACAAUGGCCCCGGCUUCUACUACUUGGUGACUUGGCGCCGCAACAUCACAGGCCAGCCCUGGGUCGAGGAACAAGUGCGCGACUGGCAACAAACUGAGUACACCGUACUUAAUACACCCACCUUCGUACCUUACAAAGUCAAGGUUACCGCAGUGAACUACAAAGGUACAUCUAACGUGACGCCUGUGGAAGUCAUCGGCUGGUCCGGUGAAGAUAUGCCAAUGCAGGCUCCACAGAACUUUACACUCGUACAGGUCACCACCGGCACUACUGCACUACUCAACUGGAACCCAGUGCCACCAGAAUCUGUACGAGGACACUUCAAAGGUUACAAAAUCCAAACCUGGGUCGAUGGCGAAGAGGACAGGCUCAAAGAAAUCCUAGUCAAGGCUGACGCUUCCAGUGCUCUAGUCAGUAAAUUCAAGCCAUACAAGAAGAACAAUGCUCGAAUUUUGGUAUACAACGGCCGUUUCAAUGGUCCUGCCAGUGAUACUCUCAGCUUCCAUACUCCUGAAGGCAAACCUGGUACGGUCAAAUCAUUCGAAGUAUACCCUAUUGGCUCCUCAGCUAUGCUCCUGAAAUGGGACAAACCUGUCGACGAGAACGGAGUCCUCACUGGCUACAAGAUCUACUACCAGAAGGUCACUGGAACUUCUCUGGGACCCAUUCAAGAAAGGAAGAAGGAGAUCGAUCCUAAAUUCGACCGCGCAAAGUUGGCUGGUUUGGAACCCAACACGAAAUACCGCAUUGAGAUCAGAGCUAAGACUAAGGCUGGUGAAGGAGACAAGUACUAUGUGGAGCAAUCUACUAAGUCAGUGGUGACUGCUAAGCCUGAUAUCCCAGUGUUUGAGACGAGUACAUUGCCGGCUAAGGAGGGAACUGCUCAUAUCUUGGUCCGUUGGAUCCCGUCAUUGGAUGGUCACGCAGGUACUCAUUUCGUCGCAUGGUACAAAUUGAAGGGUCACCCUGACUGGUCGAAGACUAACGAGGUGACGGACGAUGACUACGUGAUCUUGACGGGGCUGGAGCCGGGACAGGUGUACGAGGUCAAACUCACGGCACAUGACGGAGAAUACUUCAGUUCUAGUGAGAUUAAGGAUGUUGACACUACUAUUGACGGUCCGAUCGUGGAGCCGGGCGAGGACAAGACUGCGUCGGCUGGCUGGUUCAUCGGCGUGAUGUUGGCGCUGGCGUUCCUGCUGCUGGUGCUGGUGCUGGUGUGCGUGGUGCGCCGCAACCGAGGCGGCAAGUACGACGUGCACGACCGCGAGCUGGCGCACGGCCGCCGGGACUACGCCGAGGGGGGCUUCCACGAGUACACGCACCCUCUUGAUAACAAGUCUCGUCACUCGAUGAGUAGCGGCACGAAGCCUGGCCCUGAGAGCGACACCGACUCAAUGGCUGAGUAUGGAGAAGGCGAAACCGCGGGUAUGAACGAGGACGGGUCUUUCAUCGGACAAUAUGGCCGCAAACGACGGCCCCCGACCACCGGACAGACUGAUUCCGCUUCGCAGGCCUUCGCCACCCUCGUCUAA